CCUUUAACUUUUAGCUUUCCUCCAAAUUUCUUUCAUCCAAUCAAUGCACUGACUUUUUAUGUAUAAGAUGAUGAAAUGAACUCCUAGUCAAAUCAAAGCUGUCUGGCAACCUGACCAGGUGGGAUUAGUUGGAAUUACAAAAAUCACCCAGCAGCACGAGCAACUCGCACUUAGGAGACAACAGGGGUAGAGGACUGUCUGUCAGCCUGUAAGGACUUGUCAAAAUGAGCAAACACAACUGUUUUACGUUAAACCAGGUGCUUUUCGUCGCUUCUUUUGCUUUCGGAGCGAACGUUUGUUUGGGAUAUGUUUUCAAUCGCCACAGAAGAUCUGAAGACUGGGAUGAAGCCCCUCCAGACCCAGGAUAUCACAUCCUUUCAGAUUCCCCCUGGAUUAGCACUUCAGGAUCUUGCAAAGGCAGAUGCUUUGAACUCCAUGAAGCUGAACCUCCUGGCUGCCGCUGUGACAACUUAUGCAAAACCUACAACAGCUGUUGCUCAGAUUUUGAUGAAAAUUGUUUGAGAACAGCUAAAGGCUUUGAAUGCACUAAAGAUCGUUGUGGAGAGUCUCGGAAUGAAGAGAAUGCAUGCCAUUGCUCUGAAGACUGCAUGGGCAAAGGAGACUGCUGUACCAAUUAUGGUGUAGUGUGCAAAGGGGACACUCAUUGGGUGGAAGACGAAUGUGAGGAGAUAAAAUCUCCAGAGUGUCCAGCUGGUUUUGUUCGUCCUCCUCUGGUGAUUAUCUCUGUUGAUGGGUUCCGUGCUUCAUAUAUGAUGAAAGGAAGCAAUGUCAUCCCUAACAUUGACAAACUAAGAUCCUGCGGCACUCACACACCAUACAUGAGGCCAGUAUACCCCACAAAAACGUUCCCCAACUUGUAUACCCUUGCAACUGGACUUUAUCCUGAAUCACACGGAAUUGUUGGCAAUUCUAUGCACGACCCUGUGUUUGAUGCCAACUUUAACCUUCGAGGUCGAGAGAAAUUGAAUCAUCGCUGGUGGGGAGGUCAACCAAUCUGGAUAACUGCCGAAAAGCAAGGGGUGAAGGCUGGUACUUUGUUCUGGCCUUUUGUCAUUCCACUUGAGCGUCGAGUCUUGACUAUGCUGCAGUGGUUUAAUCUUCCUGACAGUGAAAGGCCCUACGUUUAUGCUUUUCACUCUGAGCAACCAGAUCAAGUAGGACACAAACAUGGACCCUUGAGCAAUGAGUUAAAUGGUCCUCUAAAAGAGAUCGACCAAAUCGUUGGCCAGUUCAUGGAUGGCCUGAAACAGAUGAAGCUCCAUCGCUGUGUUAAUUUAAUGAUUGUAGGAGACCACGGAAUGGAGGAGGCAAAUUGUGACAGGACUGAGUUCUUGAGUUCUUACCUGUCUAAUAUUGACGAUAUUAUUUUGGUACCUGGAUCUCUUGGAAGAAUUCGUUCAAGAUCUCCCAACAAUUCCAAAUAUGACCCUAAAGCAGUGGUUGCAGAUCUUACAUGUAAAAAGUCUGAUCAGCACUUUAAGCCUUACAUGAAGCAGCACCUUCCUAAGCGCCUGCACUAUGCAAACAACCGGAGAAUUGAAGACAUCCAUUUGCUUGUGGAGAGGAAGUGGCAUGUUGCGAGGAAAUCUGGGGAGGGAAGGAAACAUCCUGGAAAAUGUAGUUUCUUUGGAGAUCAUGGUUAUGACAACAAAAUCAAUAGUAUGCAGACCAUUUUUCUAGGAUAUGGACCAACCUUUAAACACAAGACAAAAGUUCCAGCAUUUGAAAACAUUGAACUCUACAAUGUCAUGUGUGACCUUUUGGGACUGAAACCUGCUCCUAACAAUGGGACCCAUGGGAGUCUGAAUCACCUCUUGAAAAACCCCCCAUUCAAACCAAGCAUGCCAGAUGAAGUAGCCAAACCAUUACAUCCUGUACCUGCUUCUGCUAUAGUCGAUGAAUUGGGCUGUACUUGCGAUGAGAAGAAUAAAGGAGAUGAACUGAACCAGCGCCUGGCCAACAAGGGAACGGAUGAUAGCAAACAUCUGCUCUAUGGUAGGCCUGCAGUACUUUUCCGCACAAAAUACAGCAUUCUGUACCAUAGCGACUUUAUAAGUGGCUACAAUGACGCCUUAUCAAUGCCUCUUUGGACAUCAUACACAGUUACCAAACAGGCUGAUGUUUCCCAUAUUCCCGACUCGCUGAGCAGCUGCGUGAGGCCUGACAUUCGCGUGCCUCCUGCCAACAGUCAAACCUGCUCUGCUUACAAAGCGGACAAGCAGAUGUCCUAUGGGUAUCUGUACCCUCCACAACUGGCCUCUUCCCCUGAAGCUAGAUAUGAUGCUUUCCUCAUAACAAAUGCUGUUCCAAUGUAUCCCGCCUUUAAGAAAGUGUGGAACUACUUCCAGAGGGUUCUUGUGAAGCGCUAUGCAACAGAACGGAACGGGGUCAAUGUUAUAAGUGGUCCGAUCUUUGAUUAUGACUAUGAUAGUCUUUACGAUACAUCUGACAAAAUUAAACAGUAUGUUGGUGGAUCCGUUCCAGUGCCAACACACUACUACAGUAUUAUAACCAGCUGUCUGGACUAUACUCAGGCAACAGAUACAUGUGACGGUCCCCUGAGCGUGUUCUCUUUCAUUCUUCCUCACAGAGCUGAUAACGAUGAAAGCUGUGAUAGUUCAGAGGAAGAAUCAAAGUGGGUUGAAGACCUCAUCAAGAUGCAUACAGCCCGAGUGCGGGACAUUGAAAUUUUGACCGGAUUGGAUUUCUACCGCAAGACCAGCAGAAGUUACAUAGAGAUUCUUUCUUUAAAGACUUACUUGCAUACCUACGAGAGUGAGAUAUAACCUGCUAACUGUAAUCGGUACAUCUUUGACGCACAAGUGUAUAUUUUUAUACUGUUUUGUAUUUAUUAUUUCUAAAUCCUGAACUUUUUUUAAGGCUGUUUUUUAGUAUUCUAAUCCUUUGUAACAAAUCCAAUUUUUUUUCAGCUAACAAGCAUGUGUGUUUUUAGAUUGUUUUAAUGUCUAACUUUAAUUGGAUUUAGUGUCUUUUGUUAAAUAUCUGCAGUACUGUGGCUUUUUGAACCCACAUUUUGAAGUGGUGCUGCAGGAUUGGGACUUUGUAAUCUCCCGAAUCUUGUUCUGUAUACAACAAUGAAUUUAUAAUUUGUAAUAUUUCAUUUAUGCUUGUAUUAACUGUGUGAUUUGACUUAUUUAUGCCUCACAGAUCAAUUAAAUCUCAAAUAUAAUAAACAAUGUUUUAAAUAAAUACAAAGGUUAAAAAGGCAUUAGGGAAAGCACCAGUGAAACAUUUGACUUAUACAGUAUAAGGAACAACCAAGAUAUAUUACUGGGGUCAGAACAGACCUUUACCCAUUAUUAAGUAUAUUGCUGUGAGUUGGACUACAAUGUAAAGGUAAUUUGACAAAAAUGAGUAAACAAGUUUAGGCAAAUAAAAUCAAAAUGACAAUGUACAAGAUUCAGACAAAAAGUCAGUGGUUCCUGCAACAAAGCUAUGUCAAAUUCCAUUAAAUACAUUUGUGUGCAACACUAUAAAAACACUUACAAACCAAACAAUGUACAUACAGUCUCAAUCCUAACAUGUAUUAUCAUGGUUUUCAAAUGGUGGUUGGGACACUGCGGCCCAGCCAUUCAACAGUUUAGAGUAAGUAGCAGGGUUCUUGAAAAUGUUCAAAAUGUUCGCUCUAGUGCACUUAGUGUAAGGAUUAUUGCCCACAUUGCCAAACAGGUCACAGCAAUAAUGAUCCAUGAUGUGGUACGGAAUAGAAAAGCCAGAGCACUUGUUAUCCUUUUUUUAUUUUUUAAAAUCGCUUUAAAACAGAGCUUUGAAACAGACUUUCAAGUUAUAAGUUUAAAAAAGUUGUCAGGAUGUUAACAAUGAAAAGAAAAAUUACAGUUACAUUAUUUAAACAGUUGUAGCAACACAUGGGGACGUGCUAUAUAAUGCUAUAUUUUUCAAAACCCUGCUUCUUACUCUUUAAAUUGUGGGACUUGUAUUAAAUUGGUCCAAUUAAGCAAAUAAGUAAAAUUAUGUUAAGACCCAAAGUAGCAUGAAAAUGAGAUGACUCUGUAGCCCAAGUCACACACCUGCUCAUUGAGUGCUACAGUUAACUUGACUUCAUAAUUUUCCCUUUAGUAACCUCUCUCACAUGGACAAACUUAGAGUCUGAGUUUAUAGUCGUGGUUGGUUUUCUUCUUUUCCCAGUACUACUAAAGUAAGAGUUCUCACACUAUCCUUUGUUCUUUUUAUUUUUUGUCUACAAAAGUGAAGCCGCGUUAUUUUUUGUGUGCUCCACUCAAGCAGUUCCAACAUCUUCGGUAAAUCUGGAUUAUGUGUAGGAGUGGUUUCUGUUUCUUCAUUUGAAUUAUCAAGUACAGUUUGUUCAACAUUUCUAAUUUUAAAAACAGGUUGACAAACACACUGUUCCCCAAAACUGCUUGCAUUACAAGAGCAACAAACCAGUUUUCAUGCUGACAACACCAAUGCAGCCGUUUUCCAUAACAACUGACAAGUUUUCACAAUCAAUAACUUAUGCGCUGUUCUCUGUGAUCAACUUAGCCAAGUUCUUUCUAAUGUCAUCUAUGGUUCUGCCCUUUGUUUUUAACACUGAACUUGCAAAACUAAUGUGCUUGCACAGAUCAUGAACAUUUACAAUCGCAUGUCAUGUUAACCAGGUCAACCACAUGUUAGCUUAAGCCUGUGAAGGAACCAUACAUCUUCCGUACCCAUAAAUUGUUAAAUCCUUAUCUAACCCUUUCUGUAUCAUAGUCGUUGCUGUGGCUAAAGAAGCAUCUUUUCCAGCAAGUCUGAUGUGUCCAAUUUCAGUCAAGUGAUCCAGGUAGCUGAAAAGAAAAAAAGUAUUUUUAGCUGUAUGUUUAAAAGAAAGCUCCAAGUCAGGGGUGGCCAUCUCCAGACUUUCAAUGGAAACAGAAUACACCUUUCAGCCUUGUUGUUCGUCUCACUGUUAGUCUGCCCAAAAUGUGUGUAUUAUACAUUGAUUAUUGGCUACAAUUGAGUAUAUAACUCUUGUUGUCGUUCAUGCAAGGUGCAAUUUUUUGCAAAACAUACUUGUAACACGUGAAACCACCACAACAGAAUUUUUGCCUCUGGAAAGACUUUACGAACAGCAUUGACUUCUUUGAGGUCUCUGUCAAUCAUCACACAUCUAAAAAAGUUUUCUAUUUAAAAUCACUAACUUUGGGUUCACAGGUUUUCGGAAAGUAAAGCAAUGCAGAAUAUAUAUGACAGUCCAGUGUUAUUUACCAAAGUUACAUAUUAGCAAAUAUGAAACAACCAAUAAACAAAAGCAAAAUGAAAAAAAUUCUAAAUUUACAAUUGUAAGAAAUACUAUCAUUUUAUAUAUUUUAUGAUGUGUAACACAUUCAAGUAUGGUGUGUGGAGGCUGUGUGGUCCAGUGGUUAAAGAAAAGGGCCUUGUAACCAGGCGGUCCCUGGUUCAAAUCCCACCUCAGCCACUGACUCAUUGUGUGACCCUGAGCAAGUCACUUAACCUCCUUGUGUUCCGUCUUUCGGGUGAGAUGUAGUUGUAAGUGACUCUGCAGCUGAUGCAUAGUUCACACACCCUAGACUCUGUAAGUCGCCUUGGAUAAAGGCGUCUGCUAAAUAAACAAAUAAUAAAGUAACUGUAACAAAUGUCUAAAAUCUGAAAUUGUCUAUGUCCACCCUCUUUCAUUAAAUUUCUCUUAAACCUC